AUGCAUGUGCCUCGAAAACGAAACGUGGCCUCGAGAAAACGUAGCGGAUGCGUAACUUGUCGGGCACGCCGUCUCAAGUGUGAUGAGGCCAAACCACAUUGUUCCAAUUGUACCCGCCUCCGGCUGCAAUGCGGGGGCUACGUUACCCGGUUUAGGUUCAGGGACCAGACAGACUUGUUGAGGACCAAGCAUCAGAGAAAUGAAAGAGACAAGACGUCUCCACAAACAACAAACGAGACGCCAGGGACUCCGACGCUCGGAGGUGAUCAAGGACAGGCGUCGACCCAUCCGACUCCUCCGCCAGACAAUGGCCGGCUGCUAGCAGGCGAAAUAGGGGCAUCUCCGCAAUUACCUGAGGCUGGAUACGAUGCCCAGGCAAUUCCUUAUCUCCUCUUGCCGCGGAACCCUUCCUUAACUCUUCAGUCGCCACAUCCAACAUCUUGCCAUGAAGCAGUGCCUGCCCUGGUCGAAACACAGCUCGAGAGGUUUCCUCUCGUCGACAGUCCCGAGCAACAACAGACUGUCUCGACACCGCACUCCGCUCGAUUUGAAAUCACGGGAAUCGAGGCCAUCUUCCCAAUCGCCCAAAACUCUCCAGUCUCGAGCGAGUGGACCGACCAGCAGACCGACACAAGUUGGUGUGGGUUUCCAGCUGUCAUCCAAGAUCCUGAACCGUCUUCAGUUGCACCGCCAGGUCUAUUUGAAGCGGCAAAGUUCCCACAGGACAUGAUAUACUAUCAUCAUCUAUGUGACCCCUCGCUGUCAGGUCUUCUCUCCGUCCUUGGGGUUCGUGAUGUCCUUGGCGUUGGUGGCUUAGACAAGGGCUUCUUUCACGCCGCUCUGGCAUUAUCCGCCCUUCACAUGUCCCAGUCAUCUUCUGUGUCCAAGGUGGUUGCCGACUGCGCUGCCCUACACGCGUUAGAUCACUUUGUCGAUGCUCUCGGUUACAUGCGGUCGGCCCAUUUGAGCGACGGUAUUGCCACGAUUGAUGCGCCUGGUAGGGGCCAAAACACCAUCGCAUGGCUUGCCACGUUGCUUCUGCUUGCCAACUUCGAGCUCAACCGGGGGCAAAUAAAGCUCUGGUAUGUACACAGUCAUGCUGCUGUGACAUACCUAUCCCACAACGUUGCUCAAGUUGGUGAACUACCUGUUGGGAAAUCCAUCAUACGCUCAUUCUCCAGGAUUGCGGCUUACCUGGAAAUCUUCGAUCGAUCCUAUACUGCUUGUCAUAGUCUGGCAACUUCCAACGUCUCGGCCAUGCUGGGAACAUCACUUAGAACUUCCACGGAUCCUUCGGACCGCCUUCUCUACAUAUUGCCUCGAGUGGGUGAGUUUGAAGAAGAAUGUCGGACCAGUCCUCAACUUGACAGUCACUGGCGCAUGCAAGCACGGGGUCUUAUCGAUGAGUUGAAAGCAUGGCGACGGUCGCUGCCUGAUCGUGACGUGCCGUCUGCCGAUGAGGUAGAUGCCGAUCCAUGGAAGCUGGGCGAAGAUGGAUCAACAUUGAUUAUUCGCCCCUUGACGUUGAGUCGCGCGGCCAACCCGGCAAAAGCUGCGACCAGCUUCAUGCACUACUUGGUGUCACUGGUAAGGCUUGAAAUGAAGUAUUCGCCAGGAGUGAGAAGAAAGCUCCCAGAGAACGGACGGAAGCUUAUUCUUGUCGCUUGCCGUCUCGCAGCCGGUGUGUCUAGCUCCGUAUGUGCUGCCAGCAACGCCUACGGUCACGGAAUGGUUCCUGCAUUAAUGAACGCGUACUACUCAUCCGAUGACCAAGCAGCAAAGGAGUGGAUCAAAGAUUGGAUCUCUGGAUUUCUGCGGGAUCGAGAGGGGAUAUGGAAUGUGCGCCAUGCUCAUAGGCUUCUCCAGUACAUUGAUCAAGAGUACAGUCAACGAGGCUCUAGGCUUGGUUGGGAAGUCAUUAAAGUAAGAAUGGUUGACUUGGAGGAGAACAGUAUACCGCAGGACGAUGAUGAUGGGUUAGAUCGUUUCUCAGUAGAGAUUUACUCUCGUUGUGCACGCGGUUGGAGCAUAGACUUUGUAGAAAUCCCAUGA